UCACGUGCCAGCUUGCCAACAUGGCGGCGCCUGAGCCUUAGGAGGAACCGUCGGCUGCUGCUAUCUCCGCGAUUUCACUGCCGCCAACAGCUGAAAAAUCAUGCACGAGGGUAGCAAAACGAAGAACAUGUUUUUGACUCGAGCGCUUGAGAAGAUCCUCGCUGAUAAAGACGUAAGGAAAACUCACCAUUCCCAGCUCCGCAAAGCCUGUGAGGUGGCUCUGGAAGAAAUAAAAGCUGAAAUAGAAAAACAAAGGGCUGGAGAUAAAAAUGUCUCAUCAAUGCCAAAGGCAAACUUCAUUGAAGCUGAUAAAUACUUUCUUCCAUUUGAGUUGGCCUGCCAAUCAAAGUCCCCUCGAAUCAUCAGUACAUCUUUAGACUGCUUGCAGAAACUGAUAGCAUAUGGGCAUAUCACAGGUAAUGCCCCAGAAAGUUCAACUGGAAAGAGACUGAUCGAUAGAAUUAUUGAAACCAUUUGUGGAUGUUUUCAAGGAACUCAGACAGAUGAAGGUGUUCAGCUUCAGAUAAUUAAGGCACUACUUACUGCUGUGACUUCAACUCAUAUUGAAAUCCAUGAAGGAACAAUCUUACAGACUGUCCGGACCUGCUAUAAUAUCUACCUAGCUAGUAAAAACCUAAUUAAUCAGACUACAGCAAAAGCUACUCUGACACAGAUGCUUAAUGUUAUAUUUACAAAGAUGGAAAACCAAGUGGUACAUGAAGCUAAAGAUCAAGAGAAAGGCAGGCAACAGCAGCAUCAACAUCUCCAGCAGUCUCCUGAACUUCACAGUUUAGUUGGGUCGCCACAACUUGAUAGAAUUGCAGAACAUUCCAGCCGACUGGUUACAGCAGAGUUGGAAGAAGAUCAGAUAAAUACCGUGCAGCAAAAAUCUCAAGUUGGAAUUGCAGAAAUGGAAAAUGGGACAAUAUCAGACCAGAUGGAAGAAGACCAUGGGGAAUGUGAUCAGUCUUCACAUACUGCAGGGAAUGUGGAUGCAAAUUCAGAGGAAGAACUGAAAGCAGAAGAUAUUGUGGGACAAAUAUUGGAGGAAAUGGUAGCCAUUGUGACUGGAGAGGCAGAAGCAAAAGACAGUGAAAAUAGAGCUGUGGAAGCAGCUUUAGAAAAUCAAGCUGCUACUCAAUGCACUAAAAACCUUCAAACCAAUGGUAUCCCUGAAGGAUCACUAUCAUUGCCCGAUGGUACCACACUAAUUGAUCGGCAAUCUGCACCCUAUAAUGAUCAGGGGUCUGAAGCUGUGGUACCACUUCCAGUCAGUACUAAAUUCUCGCAUAUAUUGCAGAAAGAUGCAUUUUUGGUAUUCAGGUCUCUCUGCAAGCUUUCCAUGAAGCCUUUAAGUGAUGGACCUCCAGAUCCAAAGUCCCAUGAGCUGAGGUCGAAGAUAAUUUCACUGCAACUACUGUUGUCAGUUCUUCAAAAUGCUGGUCCAGUCUUCAAAACAAAUGAAAUGUUCAUCAAUGCAAUUAAGCAGUAUCUAUGUGUGGCAUUAUCCAAAAAUGGCGUCUCCUGUGUGCCAGAUGUGUUUGAACUUUCACUGGCUAUUUUUCUUACACUUCUCUCGCACUUCAAGAUUCAUUUAAAAAUGCAAAUUGAGGUUUUCUUCAAAGAGAUUUUUCUGAAUAUUUUGGAAACAUCCUCCAGCACAUUUGAGCAUAAAUGGAUGGUCAUUCAAACUCUGACCAGGAUUUGUGCAGAUGCUCAGUGUGUCGUGGAUAUUUAUGUGAACUAUGACUGUGAUUUAAAUGCUGCAAAUAUAUUUGAACGUCUUGUGAAUGAUUUGUCAAAAAUUGCUCAGGGACGAAGUGGUCAGGAAUUGGGGAUGACGCUUCUGCAGGAACUGAGUCUGAGGAAGAAAGGACUGGAAUGUUUAGUUUCUAUACUAAAAUGCAUGGUUGAGUGGAGUAAAGAUUUAUAUAUCAAUCCAAACCUUCAGACGAACCUUGGUCAAGAGAAGUCAUCUGAGCAAGAGAAUUGUGAAGGGAAACAUUUGGAAGCUACUCGCCGACGAGGGAGUACAAAUUCCUUUGACUCCACAAUAUCAUCAGGUGUUGGGAGUAUCAGUGCGCAGACAUGUGCCGCAGAUGAUCCUGAGCAAUUUGAAGUUUUGAAACAACAAAAGGAUAUUAUCGAGCAAGGGAUCGAUCUGUUCAACAGAAAACCAAAGAAAGGUGUGCAGUACUUGCAAGACCAAGGAAUGUUGGGCACAGCAGCUGAAGACAUUGCACAGUUUCUUCAACAGGAAGAAAGAUUAGAUUCUAGUCAAGUGGGUGAGUUCCUCGGAGAGAACAGCAAGUUCAGCAAAGAAGUGAUGUAUGCUUAUGUUGAUCAACUGGACUUCUGUGAGAAGGAUUUUGUUUCAGCACUUCGUAUAUUUCUCGAAGGCUUUCGUCUGCCUGGGGAAGCGCAGAAAAUUGACCGACUUGUGGAAAAGUUUGCAGCUAGAUAUUUGGAGUGUAAUCAAGGACAGAUACUGUUUGCAAGUGCUGAUUCGGCAUAUGUCCUGGCCUACUCUAUUAUAAUGCUGACAACAGAUCUGCACAGUCCUCAGGUAAAGAACAAAAUGACAAAAGAACAGUACAUAAAAAUGAAUCGUGGGAUCCAUGACAACAAAGAUCUGCCAGAAGAAUACCUGUCUUCCAUUUAUGAUGAGAUUGCAGGGAAAAAAAUUGCCAUGAAAGAGACUAAAGAAUUUUCAAUCACACCAAAGUCUACCAAACCAAGCGUAGCCACUGAAAAACAACGAAGACUACUAUAUAAUCUUGAGAUGGAGCAAAUGGCAAAAACUGCGAAGGUCCUGAUGGAGGCUGUUAGUCAUGCACAAGCACCAUUUACCAGUGCUACGCACCUUGAACAUGUCAGACCAAUGUUUAAAUUGGCAUGGACACCACUUUUAGCAGCAUUCAGUGUUGGCUUGCAAGACUGUGAUGAUCCUGAUGUUGCCUUUCUUUGCCUGGAAGGUAUCCGAUGUGCAAUUAGAAUAGCCUGCAUUUUUAGCAUGCAGAUUGAACGAGAUGCCUAUGUGCAAGCUCUGGCCCGUUUUACGCUAUUGACAGCAAGUUCUGGCAUCACAGAAAUGAAACAGAAGAAUAUAGAUACGAUUAAGACACUUAUUACUGUGGCCCACACUGACGGUAACUACCUUGGAAAUUCUUGGCAUGAGAUACUGAAGUGCAUUAGCCAGCUGGAGCUGGCACAGUUGAUAGGUACAGGGGUCAAGACUAAAUAUGUUUCUGGUUCCCUGCGAGCUAAGGAUGGAUUCACUGCAAGUUCUGGAACUGGAGGAGAAGAAUUCUUAGGACUAGGUACCUUUGGCACUGUGGAUAAAAAACAAAUAGCCAGUAUUCAGGAAUCUGUGGGUGAGACCAGCUCUCAGAGUGUGGUUGUUGCAGUAGAUAGGAUAUUCACUGGAUCAACGAGACUUGAUGGAAAUGCUAUUGUUGAUUUUGUACAUUGGCUGUGUGCUGUCUCUAUGGAUGAGUUGGGUUCACCUCACCAUCCACGCAUGUUCAGUCUUCAGAAGAUUGUGGAAAUUUCGUACUAUAACAUGGGUCGAAUCAGGCUUCAGUGGUCAAGAAUUUGGGAAGUGAUUGGAAACCACUUUAAUAAGGUUGGAUGCAAUCCAAAUGAGGAUGUUGCCAUUUUUGCUGUUGACUCUUUAAGACAACUGUCAAUGAAAUUUUUGGAAAAGGGAGAGUUGGCAAACUUUCGGUUCCAAAAGGACUUCUUGAGACCUUUUGAGCACAUAAUGAAGAGGAACAGGUCACCAACAAUAAAGGACAUGGUCAUUCGGUGCAUUGCGCAGAUGGUAAAUUCACAGGCUUCAAAUAUUCGUUCGGGAUGGAAAAACAUUUUCUCCGUAUUCCACCAAGCUGCUUCAGACCACGAUGAACCGAUUGUGGAGUUGGCCUUCCAGACUACUGGGCACAUUAUCUUGGAUGUUUUUAAGAAGCAUUUUCCGGCAGCCAUUGAUUCAUUCCAGGAUGCUGUGAAAUGUUUGGCUGAGUUCGCUUGUAAUGCUGCCUUUCCUGACACCAGCAUGGAGGCUAUCCGACUUAUUCGACACUGUGCAACAUAUGUAUCUGAGCGACCACAAGCACUGAAGGAAUACACCAGCGAUGACAUGAAUGUAGCUCCUCGAGAUAGAGUAUGGGUUCGAGGAUGGUUUCCAAUUUUGUUUGAGCUUUCCUGCAUUAUUAAUCGUUGCAAAUUAGAUGUCCGUACGAGAGGACUUACUGUAAUGUUUGAAAUCAUUAAAAGCUACGGCCAAACAUUUGAGGAACACUGGUGGCAAGAUCUGUUUCGGAUUAUCUUUCGAAUAUUUGAUAACAUGAAACUUCCGGAACAGCAGACUGAAAAGUCCGAAUGGAUGACAACUACAUGUAAUCAUGCACUUUAUGCUAUUUGCGAUGUUUUCACACAGUUUUAUGAAGUUUUAAAUCAUGUCCUAUUGGAUGACAUAUUUGCUCAGCUGCAUUGGUGUGUACAGCAAGAUAAUGAACAACUGGCCCGAUCAGGAACAAAUUGUUUAGAAAAUGUGGUCAUACUAACUGGACACAAAUUCAGUCCUUUAGUCUGGGAUAAAACCUGUGCUUGCAUGCUGGGCAUUUUCAAGACCACUAUUCCCCAUGCCCUUCUAGCAUGGCGACCCACAGGCAUGGAAGAAGAACCUUCAGAGAAGAAUUCAGAUUUGGAAGUUGAUCGUCAAUCAGUCUGCAGUACAGAUCGAAACCUUUCUGAAAAAGGUCAAAGCCAGAUAUCUAACACCAGUGAUGAAACUUGGAAGAAUAGACCACAUGCAAAAAUAUCCGAUCAGAAACUCUUUGCUGCCCUCCUCAUCAAAUGUGUUGUGCAGCUGGAAUUAAUCCAAACAAUAGACAACAUUGUGUUCUUUCCAGCAACAAGCAAAAAGGAAGAUGCUGAAACAAUGGCAGCUGUACAGAGGGAUUCACUUGAUGCUGACGUUCAUAUAGAUACUCAAGACCAAGGAAUGUAUCGAUAUAUGACUUCACAGCAACUUUUUAAACUCCUGGAUUGUCUUUUGGAAUCACACUCAUUUGCAAAAGCUUUCAACUCAAAUAAUGAACAGAGGACAACAUUAUGGAGAGCAGGAUUUAAGGGCAAAUCUAAGCCUAAUCUCCUAAAGCAGGAAACCAGCAGUCUUGCCUGUUGUCUUCGUAUAUUGUUCCGUAUGUACACAGAUGAAAAUCGGCAGGAUUCUUGGGACCAUAUUCAGAAACGACUGUUGAAUGUUUGCAGUGAGGCCCUUGCCUACUUCAUAACACUGACCUCUGAAAGUCACCGUGAAGCAUGGACAAACCUGUUACUGCUUUUCCUUACAAAGACACUCAAAACUAGUGAUGAAAAGUUUAAGAUCCAUGCAUCAGCAUACUAUCCAUACUUGUGUGAAAUUGUACAGUUUGACCUCAUCCCUGAACUGAGAGCAGUUUUACGCAAGUUCUUUCUACGCAUCGGCUUUGUAUUUCAAAUAUGUCAUUCAGAGGAGCAGCCACAAGAAGAUGCUACAUAACAAAAAGUCAGCAUGCAUUUCGACUCCAAGCCUGUAAAUUGAAUCUCUGUAAAUGUAUUACCUGUUGUAGUCAAAGAAACAUGAAGUUUGGAGCUAUUUUUAAACAUUGUUAGAUAAGCCCAACAUAAAUGAUGUGCAGCUUGUAUAAUUUCCUGAAUCCCUGUGCAUUUCUAUAAUUUGCUUUUAUUAACUUCUGUUUGUCUUAAUGGAAUAUCUGCAUUAUUUCUAAUAUGUCUUUAAAAUACCUACUUAAAACCAUUUCAAGGACUUCAAUUAGUUAUGUAUGCCAACAUUACGGGACAUUACAGACUUAAACAGUAAAUAUUCAAGGUAAAUAUAUGGUUUGGACACAAUACAGUGUAAAAUGAAGUUGUUAAUAUCAUGAAAACAUUAUGGUUUCAGUGCUUUUAAAUUAGUAACUGUUAAACCAAGAAAUGUAUAAUUUUGAAUUAUAGUUGUGACACAUCACAAUUAAUUGCUUAUUUUGAGAAUGUUGAUAAUUGAAAGAUGCUGAGAAUUUGAGACAAAAGUGGCAAUUUUCAGUUCAAUAUUUCCUCAUUGCACAAUUCCAUUUUGUUUUGAGUGAAAGUGAUGAAUCUCAGGUGUUUCUGAUUUCUGCAUGCAGAAAUGCUUUGGAGUUUGCAUAUCCAUUUCCCUCCUGUAAAUUAUGACGAUAGAUCUUAGAAAAGCACAAUUAUAAAUUUGCAAUAAGGAAACAACAUUAAUACCCUUUGAGAAUGAAGCUUGAUUUCAACUUGGCUGUUUUAGGACAGAGAAAGGAACAUUGCAAUGUACAGAUUAUACACAAACUGUCCCACGUGGCAAAAUUUCUUAACUUUGUGUUGCUAUGAAUACCCAGGGAAAUACAAUCCUCUUUUUAUCUCUUAACUAAUGCGCCAUGAAUCCUGUAGCAUCUCAAGGCCAAAUCCUGCAGCAUGAGAAUGUUCAUUGUGUCUCAAACCUACAGGAUUUGCCAACAUCUCAAUGUAAUUAUUUUUAUAAAACUACAUAAAAGCUAUGCUUUAUACUGUAGGGAAACUACAUGUUUAACAAAUGAAAAAUAGUUAGUUGUGCUUAGCCUCUAUUCCCUCACAAUAACUGUUCCUUAAAACAUAGCCUGAUUCUGCACAAUGUAUUAACUUGCAGCUAGAUAUUAAUAGGGUGUAACAUAACUGGCAGACCAAUAUCUAAUGUUCUGAAUUGUAUUUUUGCUCACUGACAAUAAUCUUCGUGCCUACGUGCUGAUGGGUAGCUUGUUGAUCUCCUUGGAUUUCAUCCCCCAGUUUACUUUUUCAAGUCUUGUGAAUUUCGUGAAAACAACACAUUUUGAACAGAUCUUGAUAGGUCCUUUGUAUAUUACUGCAACCUAAUCAUAAAGUGCAGAUGUCAGGCAGCCAGUUAGAAAAACAGUCUAAGUCUGCAACAUUUAACAAAUCUAAGACCUGUGUUUUUGCAACUGACAAUGCAGAAACUUCACUGAUGCUACACUAUGUACAAUAGAAUUAUGUAUUUCCCAGACAUUUGAUAUUUAUUACAAUUUAACUAUGUAAAUUGGGUAAAAAAAAAACUAUUAAACACUUGAUUAGAAGCUAAAAGUCAUCUUAAUUUUUAAUUAAAAUUCAUGCAUUAGGAAUAGUUGAUCAGAUAUCUGUUUCAGUAUAUUUACAUUAGAACUCAAAAGAUAAGGAAGAAAAUCCGUAGUGAUUGCUGUGUUUCACACUGACUUCCACUAAAGUGUAAAUUCCCACAAGCCUUUCUCUCAGCUGUUAAAGCCAGCAUCGGUAACAUACCACACUCUUCAAUAUCAAAUGGUAAAAAGAGUUGAGGCAGAACCCUUUUCUUUUGUAAAAUGGGGUAAAUUAAUGAUGUAAGAUGCUUACCUGAAAGGAUUGUAAAUUUUCCCCGUUUGUUUAAUUUAUAUUUUAAGUGCAAGCAAAUAUUCUAGCAUUUAUAUGUAGAAUGCUGUGACUUUACAGAAGUUUUGAAAAUGUUGGUUUGCUUGAAGAUUUGUAUUAGCGCCAAUGAUCUCAGUCCACAAGUGUGAAGUCAUACUGAUGUACAGUUGCAUAAGCACUGUUUGCACUU